AAAUCUGUACGGACAUCUGCCUUCCAUCCUCACACAGACACACACAGACACACACAGGCAGCACAGAGGUCCACACACACACACACACACACACACACAGACACACACACCUGGCUGCUGAAGUCAUGUCAGGAACACAAAGAACACUCACUCAAAAUCCUCUGGAGAAAAUUUGGGUGCCAUCAUUGAAAAGCAGACUGAGUCAACGCAGGGGCUCGUCGGUGCCCCAGUUCACCAACUCUCCCACCAUGAUCGUGAUGGUGGGACUCCCGGCCCGAGGGAAGACCUACAUCUCCAAGAAGCUCACCAGAUACCUGAACUGGAUCGGAGUUACCACCACAGUGUUCAACGUGGGUCAGUAUCGCAGAGACGCUACUCGCUCCUACAACAGCUUCGAGUUCUUCAGACCAGACAACGAAGAGGCCAUGAAGAUACGCAAAGCCUGUGCCGUCGCUGCCCUGAAGGACGUGUGUGAUUACUUCACCAGGGGGAUGGGCCAGGUCGUGGUUUUCGAUGCCACUAACACAACCCAGGAGCGGAGAGAGGUCAUCCUCAGCUUCGCCAAAGAAAACGGUUACAAGGUUUUCUUUGUAGAGUCGAUAUGUGACGAUCUAGACAUCAUUGCUGCGAAUAUUAAACAAGUGAAGCUGAGCAGUCCAGACUACGUGGACUGUGACAAAGAGGAAGCCGUGACCGACUUCCUCAAGAGGAUCGAAUGUUACAAGUUGACGUAUCUGCCCCUGGACGACGACAAGGACAGGAAUCUGUCUUACAUUAAGAUCUUCAACGUGGGCAGCAGGUACCUGGUGAACCGGGUCCAGGACCACAUUCAGAGCCGGAUCGUCUACUACCUCAUGAACAUCCACGUCACCCCCCGAUCCAUCUACCUGUGUCGCCACGGAGAGAGCGAGCUCAACCUCGUGGGUCGGAUCGGGGGGGACUCCGGGCUGUCCCCCCGCGGGGCUAAGUUUGCCAGUGCGCUGGGUGCCUACAUGCGAGGCCAGUGCAUCAGUGACCUGAAGGUGUGGACCAGUCACAUGAAGAGGACCAUCCAGACGGCCGAGGCACUGGGAGUCCAGUACGAGCAGUGGAAGGCCCUCAAUGAGAUCGAUGCUGGUGUGUGUGAGGAGAUGACCUAUGAGGCCAUUCAGGAGAAUUACCCAGAGGAGUUUGCUCUGAGGGACCAAGACAAGUAUCGCUACCGCUACCCUAAGGGAGAGUCCUACGAGGACCUGGUCCAGCGCCUGGAGCCGGUCAUCAUGGAGCUGGAGAGGCAGGAGAACGUCUUGGUCAUCUGUCACCAGGCGGUCAUGAGAUGUCUGCUCGCCUACUUCCUGGACAAGAGCGCCAAUGAGCUUCCGUACCUGAAGUGUCCUCUGCACACGGUUCUGAAACUCACCCCCGUCGCCUACGGUUGUAAAGUGGAGUCCGUCUUCCUCCACAUCGAAGCUGUCAACACACACAGGGACAAGCCCGAGAAUGUGGACGUGGACAGAGACCCAGCGGAGGCGUUAGAGACGGUGCCAGACCACAUCUAGAGGAAUCAGACCCGCGAGCUGGUGCCAGCUCCACCCACCCUGAUGGGCCGAGCUGGUGUCAGCUCCGCCCUCCCUGAUGGACGCAGCUGAUGUCAGCUCCACCCACCCUGAUGGACGCAGCUGGUGUUAGCUCCACCCACCCUGAUGGACGCAGAUGAUGUCAGCUCCGCCCACCCUGAUUGAUACAGCUGGUGUCAGCUCCGCCCACCCUGAUGGACACAGCUGGUGUCAGCUCCGCCCACCCUGAUGGACCGAGGCCUUAUCUUUAAGUGAAGUAAUUAUAGUGAUCGUUGUUAAUGUGUAAAACUCCUCGAUAAUGAGAGGGAGACAUUUCUCAGCCUAUUUCCAUUGUAAAUGCACUUUAUUUAUAAUGUAGGGCUCAGGCCAUAUGUCAGACAGGAAGAGGAGGCGUGGCUUAAACACGUGAAGCAGGGAAAUGGCUAGCUUUGCUGGUUAAAGGCUGGUUAAAGGCUGGUUAAAGCUAGUUAAAGCUAGCUGGUUUAAUUAAGCUAAACCUUUAACAGGCUGUGUCUCGGUUAAUGAAAACUAAACCACGUGUUUUUGUUUCCUUCCGACAGCAGCUAGCCGUCUCCCUCUUUACGCUAAUCACCUAGUUUAUCGCUCACGUUUAGCACACACACACAGAAGUGGUAUCGAUGACACCAUGAUGUGCCUCACGUAAUUUAAAAGAUACACAACUCUAUGCACCCGACAGGCAGACACACACCAGGUGUAGUGUGUUUGUGUUGUUGUAUGUUUUUAAUGGACCUCAGUCAUUUUAAUAAGUAACACAAGGGGAAUCUGGUGCAAUAUUAAUAAUUGUGGUGCAACGUGUCAGUUUUUAAAAUAUGAACAUUCUUCUGAAAUGACUGUGAAACCUUGAAACCACGUGGACCGUGUCCUGGGAUCAGUUUGACUGGUGUUCCCUUGGGGUCACACCAGUGAUUACAGGGAACCAGUUAUCAUUAAGCUGGUUAACUGGGUCGGACUCGUCUGGUCAAUGUCACCACAGACCCAACAGCGACACCUGGUGACAAAUCUGGGUACUGCAGUAGUAAAAAGAAGGAUAGAUCCGUAAAGUGAUGUAGAAACUAUACAAGUAAUAAUCCAUACAAUGAAAGACUAUAAACAUUGUAAUUAUUAUUAUUACAAGCAAAAUUAUAGUAAAAUAUUCAUGAAAAUGUGAUUUACCACAUUGUUACAAUUUAAUAUGCAUCUAUAUUAAAGGUCCACUAGGCUGUUGUUGGUGAAAUGAUGUUAUAACCCCGAGUUAAACUUCUGUCCCUCCUGAAGGAGCCGGUAUGAUUUGACAA